UUCUGCUCCUGUAUCCAUUUUGACUGGCGGAGAGCUGAUAUAUAUAGGAGCCAGGAAGAGGAGACGACCGACUAGGAGUUCUUUCUUCCUUGUUCUACCAUUCAAACACCUGUUCCCUGUACAGUGAUAUAUCCAUUGCUCUUUUUAAAGAAACAAAAUACUUGUAUUAUAGAAAGUAGAAAUGGAUCUUUCAAUCCCUUCGUCUUUCUCUGAAAUCUCUUCAUCUCGAUCUCUCUCUCAACCAUCUUUCCAGAAGCUCAGAUUAUUUCCUGUUAUCUGUAACUUCAAUCUCAAAUCCAGAAAGUUCCCCACUCGAUCCUUGUUUUGGCGCCAAAAUUGUCUCUCUCUCAGAGCUCAAACUUCUAACGGGGCGCUUAACGAUGGCUUCGUCCUCGAAGAUGUUCCUCACUUGACAGAUUUCCUUCCUGAUUUACCUUCCUACCCGAAUCCAUUGCAGAACAGCCAAGCUUAUGCUAUUGUCAAGCAAAAUUUCGUUAUACCCGAAGAUGCGGUUGCGCAGAAGAUUGUUGUCCGGAAAGAUAGCUCUAGAGGAGUGCAUUUUAGGCGUGCAGGGCCUCGAGAGAAGGUCUAUUUUACGCCUGAAGAAGUGCGUGCUUGCAUUGUGACUUGUGGGGGCUUGUGUCCUGGGAUCAAUACUGUCAUCCGGGAGAUUGUUUGCGGAUUGAACUAUAUGUAUGGUGUCAAUGAUAUACUUGGCAUUCAGGGCGGGUAUAGGGGUUUCUACUCAAAAAACACCGUGACAUUGACUCCUAAAGUUGUGAAUGAUAUCCACAAGCGUGGUGGCACCUUUCUUUGCACCUCUCGAGGAGGUCAUGAUACCAACAAAAUAGUUGAUAACAUUCAGGACAGGGGAAUAAAUCAGGUCUAUAUUAUAGGAGGUGAUGGCACCCAGAAGGGAGCAGGUCAAAUUUACGAGGAAGUAGAGAAACGUGGUCUUCAAGUGGCAGUGGCUGGGAUCCCCAAGACCAUUGAUAAUGAUAUUGCUGUAAUAGAUAAAUCCUUUGGAUUCGAUACUGCUGUUGAGGAAGCUCAAAGAGCAAUAAACGCUGCACAUGUGGAGGUUGAAAGCGUGGAAAAUGGAGUUGGAAUAGUUAAACUGAUGGGUAGAUACAGUGGUUUCAUUGCUAUGUAUGCAACUUUGGCAAGUAGAGAUGUGGAUUGUUGCUUAAUUCCAGAAUCCCCAUUCUAUCUGGAAGGCCCAGGUGGGCUCUUUGAAUUUAUUGAACAGCGGCUAAAAGAAAAUGGGCAUUUGGUCAUUGUGAUAGCAGAAGGAGCAGGGCAGGAAUAUGCUGCUCGGAGCACACAUAGAACUGAUGAGAGAGAUGCAUCAGGAAACAGGCUACUUCUUGAUGUUGGUCUGUGGUUGUCACAGUACAUUAAGGAUCAUUUUAUGAAUGUUCGGAAGAUGCAAGUAAAUAUGAAAUAUAUAGAUCCCACAUACAUGAUACGAGCCAUUCCAAGUAAUGCAUCAGACAACAUCUAUUGCACUCUUCUGGCACAUAGUGCUGUUCAUGGAGCCAUGGCUGGGUACACAGGCUUCACAGUUGGACCAGUGAACAGCAAACAUGCUUAUAUUCCCAUUGCACGUGUGACUGAGGCACAAAACACAGUGAAGUUGACAGAUAGGAUGUGGGCUAGACUGCUUGCAUCUACAAAUCAGCCUAGUUUCUUGAAUUCCAAUGGGAUGUCGCUAGAUAGAAUUGAUGGAGAGACAGUUGGAAUGAGAAAGGACAACACGAAGAUCAGUUCUACUUAGUUUUUUGGUUCUGGAUUAAAAUCCAGACAGAUCAGUACCAUUUCUUGUUUCCUGUUAUCGUGGUGAAAUCUCUCUGAUAUUGAAUUCUGAGUUCUGAGAAGUAUAGCAAAUAUAAGUUUUACACUGCCUCUAGUCAGGUAGACAUUAUUUGGAGGCCAACUUUAAUAUUCGUUUAGGUUGUGAUUUACUGUAGUUUGAUGUUUUAAGGCUGAGUAAGAUGUUUGUAGGUGGCAUGGUGCAGUGGUCACUGAAUCAAAUGUCAAUGUAUAUUCAUAGAUAAUUUUCUUGUGCAUUUUGCACUGUGGCACGACCUGAAAUUAGUAAGCGAAUUGACUUUCUCUGUGUGAUGAAA